GCGUUUGUUUGAACAAGCAACUUUCAAGGUCUAAUAAUACAUUAAUACAUAUUUAAUAUAAAUUUUCGAUGGAUACUGUAAUGAACGAAAGAACUUCAUCUAAUACUAUUGGUCCAAGUUUUGGAAUGAAUCCUGUUCAAAUUACGGAAUGUACAUAUGAAUCUACGUUUUGGCCUCAAAUUUCAGGAUUUGUUCGUCAUGCAUUGCAAGCUGAUCUUCAAGUUGACCGACCAUUGCACACGUACUCACAUGAAGAACUUUACAGGAGUAUAUAUUGGAUGUGUUGGCAAGGAUUUCAUAAAAGACUUUUUUCAGACUUGACUUCAAUUAUCGAAGAAACUCUUCACUUACUUGGUAACCAAUUGAAUAAUGUUCAACAAUUAGAUAUUUGGUUUCUUAGUUUUGCUAAGAUAUCCAUUAAUCAUGCAAGAGCUACAGAUAUUUUAGGCAGCGUAUUUGCUUACCUGGAUAAAACUUAUAUUCAAUACACACUUCAUCAAAAUCUACGAGAUGUGUUAAUUUCUAAUUUUCAAGAAAUCAUUAUAGAGAAGUCAGAAAUGCGAAUAAUUUAUGUUUUUGGUAUGGUAUUGGAGAAUCCUGGUAUUUUUGAUUUAAACCUUGUCGUAGAUGUUAUCAAAUCAUUACAUAAGAUGAAACCUGAUUAUAUAUAUUUGAAUCCAACUUUGUUUCAAAAUUCUAUCAAUGAUGUAAAAUUACCCUCUAAUUUGCAGGAUUUACGUGUACGCCAUACGGCAUUGGAAACCAAAUACCAAUUGGAAAAAUUAAAAAGUGAAGGUUGGGAGCCAGGAUUUUCUAAAUUGAAAAGAUCAUUGUCAACUGAUGAGGAUGUCGAGAUUCAACAAGGAGAAAAAUCUGUAAAACGCGUGCAAUAUUAAGUUCUUUCGCAAUGAUGUGUAUAAUAAUUUAUACACACACCAUUCUGUACAUUAACAAUAUUUUGAAUGUCAAAAUUCUAUAGCAAUGAACCAAAAAAAAAUUACUGGCAAUAAUAAAUUUGAACA